AUGCAACAAAUCAAAAAAAUUGAUUUAGUUAGAACUUCAAGCAAAAACAAAAGUUUUUAAGAAAUUUAUGAUUUUAACAAAAGUGAUGUAAGAUCCAAAGUUUAUGUAGAAAUUGGGAUAAGGUUCAUAUGGAAUGGUGUAUAAGGCAGUACAUAGAGAAACUGGUUUAAGCAGAGCAGUAAAGAUGAUUCACAAGGCAAGUGUAAAUUAGUAAGAAAGAUUGAAUAAUGAACUUAGAACUGUAGAAUUAUUGGUAAUUCUGGAAACUUAGUUUAUUUAAGGAUCAUCCACAUAUUAUUAGGGUGUUUGAGACUUAUG